CACAAUUAUUGCAGUAUUCAGUGCAUAUGUAAUCUACUGCCACAAUUUUACAAAAAUUAUUAAAUUAUUAAUUUACAUGUAUUUAUCGUUAUUAUAUCUUCUUGUUCUUUUUAAUAUAAACCAAUUAAUUUGUUAUGAUCCCUUGGAUCCAUUUAACAUAUUCAAAGAGAUGGGCCGUUUGACACAAAUGUGCUUAGAUUUGACAUGUACAAAUUUGAACGAUUUGAAAAUUGCAAAUGGACUGGAAAGUGACCUCAGAAAAGAUGUCAAUUGCUUGCGAAUGUGUUUAUUCUUACACGCUAAAGAGUCAUCAAAUCCGGAUUUGAACGAGAAUUUUGUGGACUACAAACGUAAUGAGAAGGCAAUACAAAGAAAUGAAUGCAUCGGGUUUUGAACUCAAACGCAAAUUAAUAAAACCGUGUUAUUAAAAUCGUACUGAGAAAUGACUGAGUUGGUUUAAAAUAAAAGAUGAUCUUAGACGGAA